GUGUUUUGUUUUGCGUCGAAAUUUUUGGUGUUUGUGAUUGAUAAGAACAAGAUGAUCAAGAUGAGGUGGAAUUAGAGAAAUUUAGUCGUGGAAUUCGUUUUAGGAUCGCUUAUCUCUUUGACAGAGACAAACAGUUUGACCAAUUGUGCUGUCAUACGAUUUUUUAUAACUUCCCUUUGCUUCAUUAUGUAAUUCAUGCAGUUCCAUUUUCCACCUCUGUGUUUUGAUUGCUCUCAGCAGUCAUACCCCGCUCCUGUCACCUUUAAUUGAAUGAAUGUCAGAUUACACAGAAGAAAUGAGCAGCAAUCACCAUUUAAGUCAAAAUGGUCAUCCGAAGGGUGAAAUAGAGCAUGUGAAUCAUCUCUCUGAGCACAUUGGCGCUCUGUACUUAGACAAUGAAUACAGUGAUGUUAUUCUUCUCGUUGAAAGCGAGCCUUUCCAUGCUCAUAAGGUUAUUUUAGCCAGCCGCAGCGAAUAUUUUCGAGCUCUCCUGUUCGGUGGGAUGAAAGAGUCAAAACAGUCGAUGAUUGAACUCAAAGGAACAACUAUACCAGCCUUCAAAGCUCUUCUCAAAUAUAUCUAUACUGGAUGUAUGUCUCUUGGCUCUGUCAAGGAGGAUGUCAUUUUAGAUAUUCUUGGUCUUGCUCAUUUAUAUGGGUUUACGGAUCUAGAAGCUGCCAUCUCUGACUAUCUUUGUCAGACAUUGACUGUUCAUAAUGCUUGUAAUAUCUAUGAUGCAGCUCGGCUGUAUCAACUUCAGUAUUUGAGUAAAGUUGUGUCCUCCUUCCUAGACUCGCAGGCUUCUGUCAUCAUUCAGGAGGAGUCAUUCUUGCAACUUUCUGCAGCUGGUUUGAAAGAAAUUAUCGAAAAAGACUCAUUUUAUGCGGAAGAGAAGGACAUUUUCAAAGCUGUCUGCGAUUGGGCUCGAUACAACUCAGUCGGUGAAAGUAGUAUGCAGGAUGUUUUGUCAGCUGUAAGACUUCCCUUAAUGUCUCUAACAGAACUUCUAACAAUCGUCAGACCAACUAAACUUGUCUCGCCAGACAAUCUUCUAGAUGCCAUUCUUCUCCAAACAUCUUCAAAGGAAAAUUCUAUUAAUUAUCGAGGUUGCCUGAUUCCAGAAGUCAACAUGGCCAGUCCAAGCCUGGGCUCUCAGGUUGAAUUGGGAGAAAUGCGCUCAGCUCUCCUUGAUGGAGAUAGCCACAACUAUGACAUGGAACGAGGCUUCACACGUCACACCAUUAGCGAUCUCAAGGAUGAUGUGCAGGAUCAUGGCAUUCUGAUUCAACUUGGCCGACAGUCGAUCAUCAAUCACAUAAAAAUGUUACUGUGGGACAGAGAUUGCAGGUCCUAUUCAUAUUAUAUCGAAGUUUCAAUGGACAGAAGGAACUGGGUGCGAAUUGUGGACCAUACCAAUUACUAUUGCCGAUCUUGGCAAUUUUUGUACUUUAAGCCACGAGUUGUCAAGUUCAUCAGGAUAGUAGGGACUAACAACACUGUGAACAAAGUUUUUCAUGUAGUAUCGUUUGAAGUCAUGUAUACAAACAAACCUCUAGCUGUAGAGAAAGGACUAGUUGUUCCCAAAGAAAAUGUUGCAACAAGUGCGUACAGCGCAAGUGUCAUUGAAGGUGUGAGCAGGUCUCGAAACGCUCUUCUAGAUGGAAACACCACUUUGUAUGAUUGGGAUUCUGGCUAUACAUGUCAUCAACUUGGGAGUGGUGCCAUUACUGUUCAGUUGGGACAGCCGUACAUGAUAGAUUCCAUAAGACUGUUACUGUGGGACUGUGAUGAUCGUAGCUAUCGAUACUUCGUAGAGGUUUCUGUUAACAAUUGGGAGUGGGAAAUGGUCGCUGACAAAACACAUGAAGAGUGCCGCUCAUGGCAGGUUCUCAGGUUUCCAGCACGACCUGUUGUAUUCAUUAAAAUUGUUGGAACCCACAAUACAGCUAAUGAAGUAUUCCAUUGCGUCCAUGUUGAAUGUCCAGCUCAAACUGCAGACAAAAGUUCCAACAGUGCUGCUGGCAUGUACAGUAUUGUAUCCCCUAGAGACAUUCAAAACAAUGCAACGGUUAAUCUUCAGGCAGAUCAAGCAGCUAAUAAUCAACUGAACAACAGUGUCAUGAACCCAUCUACAUCCUCUUAAAAUGCGAACAAUCAAUUCAAUUAGGCUAAGUAUGAAACUAGAAAUUGAAUUGUCUAAUAACCGAACUACUUAUGUCGCAUUGCUUCACUAUUAAAAUCUUUAUGAGACUUUGUUGUAUCUUCUACCUUUUAGCAUGUGUGCAUGUAAUUUAUGUGUAAAAAAACAAUCUACAGCCACGAUUAAGUCAGUUGCUCCAUUUUUAUUAUCAACUUCUGGCAAUAAGUUGCUUUCAAUCAUUGUCAACAAUAAUAGUAAAUGUGCAGAACUCACCUAACCAGACAAGAUAUUCCUCCCGAAUUCGAAUUUUUGUAAUUUUUCAUUUUUGUAUUCUUAAUCAUUUACAUGUAAUAUGGAGAGGUUGCUGUAUCAAAAGACAAAUUAUCGCUAAAUUCCAUAAAAUAACCCCAGCAAAAUGAUGUCGUCAAUUUUAACCAGCAUGAAAUUAUACGCAUUGAAAUAGGAAGUAAUGAAUUCCAAAAAAACAUUAGCCAAGAAUGGACCAAUAGACGAGGUACGAAUUUAAGCAUUCUAAUACA